UCCAGAGCAAAAAUACUUUCGCUGCCUCGAGUGCCGGGAAAUCCGGAUUUUCUUUGGAUUUCUAACAUGAAGUCCUCCCAAUUGCUACGGUUUUCGGUUGCCCUAGUCCUUGGCCUCGCACUGCUGACCGAGUUUUGCGCGGCCAACGAGGUGCUGGGCUGUGGCGGAUUCGUGAAAAAUGUGAACUCGGAACUAGACUCGAGCAAGGUGGAAGUUGGCCUUUACACUCCGCAGGGCAGCUUGAAGAUCAAAACGGAAUGUUCGCCCUCGAACGGGUACUUCUUCAUCCCCGUUUAUGAUAAGGGCGAUUACGUGUUGAAGGUUAUUCCCCCACCCGGCUGGAGCUUCGAGCCGGAACAGGUGGCCAUCAAGUUCGACGGCCAGACGGAUCUGUGCAGCCAGGGACGGGAUGUGAACUUCCUGUUCAAGGGAUUCGGAAUUACGGGCCGCGUGGAGUUUUACGGCGCCGCGGACACGGGAGCCCGUGGUGUGAAGGUGGAACUCGUGGCGGAAGAUGGCAAUAAAAUUGGCCAAACGACCACGACGACGAACGGCGUGUUCUCCUUCACGCCGAUCAAACCGGGAAGGUACGUCGUGAAAGCGCAGCACCAGAAGUGGCACUUUGCCCAGCCCGAGUACAAGGUGACGGUGGCCACGGGGAACACUGAAAUCCCGUCCGGUUCCCUCGUUGUUUCUGGAUUCGAUGUCGAAGGAGCUGUCUUCAGCGAUGGUCAACCGUUUGCCAACGUGGGCUUCCUGCUGUACUCGGCCAAAAAUCAAAAAACGCUCGUCAAAUGCUCCACGGAGAGCAUUCCAGCGAUAGCGAACACGGGUAACCAGGCGUACGAAUCUAGUGCGCUGUGCUACACGACUCCGAACAAAAACUCCGGCGCCUACUUGUUUGCUGGGGUUUCCCGGGGAAAGUUUCUCAUCCGGCCGCACUUUGGUGAUAGCAAGAUCAAGUUCCAUAUCCGACCGGAAGAGCUAGAGAUCGAGAUCGGCAGUGAGGCGGUGCGAUUGCGCGAUAACUUCGAAGUGACGGGAUUCAGUGUAUCGGGUCGAGUGUUGCGCUCACCGAACGGUGCGAGUGUGGCGAAUGCCCGUGUGAAGAUUAACGGGCGGGAAGUGGCCAUAACUGGGAAGGAUGGUAGUUACACACUGCACAACAUUCAGAGCGGCACCUACACCAUCCAGGUGCUGGCCGAUGAUCUGCAGUUUAAGGAUCACAUCGUGAAGGUGUCCCUCGCCAAUCCGUCGCUGCCGGAUGUGCUCGUUUCUGGGUUCAAGGUAUGCGGACAGGUCGUUUCGAAGAAAUCGCACCGCGUGGCGAUAGCGAAGAAGGCUUCAACGAUGAUGGUCGAGGUGGCGAGCUCGGAGGGUACCGGGGAGUGGUGUACGUUCCUUGAGAACGGCCAAUACACGGUACAGGUGUUGACGGGUGAUGAGGAACGGGCCAGCGGUAUCCAAUUUUUCCCGCUAACACAAUCGAUCGAAGUAAACUAUGCGCCAGUCGAUGGGAUAGUGUUCUCGCAGCUUCGCGCGACGGUUACGGGUGAGGUGCGCUGUCUAGCGGACGGAAAACGUGAAUGUGGUGAUCUGGCAGUUACGCUACAGGCCCUCGAUGGCAACGGUAAUGCCGUCGGACAGUCGGUGAAGGCAAGCGUAGGGGAGACCGGAAAAUACAGCUUCCAGAAUGUGCUUCCGGGUAGCUACGAAGUGAGCGUCCCGAGCGGUAAGCUGUGCUGGCAGUCCAACACGGUCAAGAUCAACAUCAAAUCGUCCAAGGAGGCAGUACCGGAUUUCGUGCAAACGGGUUACAUCGUUUCGGUCAUAGCAAGCCACGGAGCAUCGAUGAGCUACCGGUGGAAGGGUUCCGGCGAAGAAGGAGGCGCAGCAAAGGAGGAAGAGAUCGUGCUGACCGCCGGUAUGAAUAUGUUCUGCGUGAAACGGGCCGGGCAGUACAGCAUGCGGUUCGGAGGGUGCCACCAGUUUGAAAAGUCUACUCCAACCGGAUUCACUACCAGUGACUCCGCUCCCAUCACGGUGAACGCCAGAAGCCAUCGGAAUGUGGUGAAGCUCAUUGCCGAAGAGCAGGAAACGUAUCGUGUGAAGGUGCUGAAAGAAGGAGGAUCGGUUAGCGAGAUCGUUGAGUUUGAACUGACGGGUGCGCGCGAUGAUUCACCGAGCGGUGGACACAUUUACUGGAAAGAGUUCUUCCUUGAGCAGGGCGAACGAAUCACGCUGGUACCGCAAAGUGAUAUUAUGCUCUUCAGUCCGGAGCAGCUAGAAGUGACGGGUGGAAAUGAUUGUGCCGACGUCGGAAGGAAGCUAAGGGCCACCAAGGGUUUACUCAUCAAUGGACGCACCAAUCCACCGAUCAAGGAAGCCACAAUUACUCUCACGUUCCCGCAAAACAUGGAACUUACGCCGCAGAUCACAACCACCGAUGAGCGUGGUGAGUUCCGCUUUGGUCCGAUCGAUCCAACGCUUGCGGUUGAGC